AUGAACAAACUGCCACAUUCUCCUAUUGCCAUUACUGUCAACAGGGGUGAAUUAUUCGGGACCGCAAAAUAUGCCUGGUCCCCUUUGGACCUUGGAUUAGGAAUGUUCUGUCGGUAAACGUUCCAGGGCUCAGGACAUUUAUUUUCAUUGGCCACGUCAUAGCGGGGAGAGACUGUAGACUACGAAUUCCUCAGCGCUCCUGAAAUCACAGACCUCUCUCUCGCCUCUUUUACCAGCACACAUUCAUCGAACUCCUCCUCGCAGCAGACGCCUGAACGAAGCCGCUUUCCAGAAGGAUGUUGCGAAGUGUCCACUUCCUUGUACUGCUGGCCAUAGCGCUCUGUCAAACCGAGGACGUGCAGACUAAGAGUAAGGUUUGUGCCAAUGUGUUCUGUGGCGCAGGAAGAGAGUGUGCAGUCACUGAGAAGGGAGAACCCAGCUGCUUGUGUAUUGAGAGCUGUAAGCCCCACAAGCGUUCAGUGUGUGGCAGUAACGGUAAGACAUACCGCAACCACUGUGAGCUCCACCGAGACGCAUGUCUCACCGGCCUCAAGAUCCAGGUGGCCCACGACGGACACUGCCAGGAGAAGAAAGCAGAGCAUGCAGCCGCCAGCCCGGUGGUGUGUUAUGUAGCAGAUCGUAAUGAGUUGAGGCAUCGUGUGAUCCAGUGGCUGCAGACUGAGGUGGUCCCAGACGGCUGGUUUGUCAAAGGCUCCAACUUCACUGAAAUCCUGGUGAAAUACUUCAAGAGCUACGACAAUGGUGACUCCCAGCUGGACUCCUCAGAGCUCCUUAAGUUCAUCCAACAUAAUGACUCCAACGUGGACAUGCAGUCAUACGCAGACCAGGAGAGCAACAAGCUGCUCAGGAGCCUGUGUGUGGAUGCCCUGAUCGAGAUGUCCGAUGAGAACUCUGACUGGAAGCUGAGCUUCGAUGAGUUCCUCAACUGCCUGAAGCCCGGCUUCAACCCACCUGAGAAGAAGUGUGCCCUGGAGGAUGAGACCUAUAAGGAUGGGGCUGAGACACAGGUGGAGUGUAACCGCUGUGUGUGUGCAUGCGGCAACUGGGUCUGCACCGCCAUGACCUGCAAUGAUAAGACAGCGGUCGUCGAGGAGACCGGGGAGGCAGGGCAGGAGAUGACCGAGGAGGAAUGGAGCCUCCGUGUGGCCGAGCUCAACAAGCACCAGGAAACAGUGGAGAAGAUGAAGGCCAUCACAAAGGAGGCCUAAGAUGCCUAAAGAAGGAGGGCGUGAAGGAAAGAGAGAGAUAAAAAAGACUUCACUCUUCUUCCAUACUUGAUAAGGCCCUGUGCUGUUGCUGAAUUUACUCAUAUGUUAAUUAUUAUAGCUUUUUGUUUAUGUGUGUUAGAUGCAGGGCAGUCAAGAGUAUUAUUUGGGGAGUUUCUUGAGUUAAGUACUGUCUUCAUGUUCUAUUGAUUUACUGCACCCCUGCACUAGGAAUGGGGCCAUUUUUACUGCUGACUUUAAAUAUUGUUUUUCUAUCUAUACAUUAUAAACACAGUAUUUAUUGUUAUGGCUUUUUUUUGUAAAACAGCAAGCGGUAAAUUGUUGGCGAUGAGAAAAAUUGGAGAUGUUUGGAGUGAACUGUUGAGACACCUUUCUCCAUCAAGGAAAUAAAAUCACCUUUAAAGUCCUUCCAGAUGUGUUAGAGGAAUGUUGAGCAAGACAAUGAUAGUGUCCCAUUGUAGGGGAAGGGGAUGUCUUACUACUAAUUGAUACUACUUGACCAAUGCACUUCUCCCUCCAUGACUAGCAGCAUAGUUUCAGGCCUUAGUGGAUUGUCCCGUUUAGUUAGAAUCGUUUGCUUCAAUGUACAAUUUGUUAUAUGCUUGAUUUGGAGAUCAUAUGUGAUUGCAAUGGCUCCUGUGCUGUAUUCCGUCAGCUCUCUCUGGUGCUUUUUUAGAAACAUUGAAGCAUAGAUUGUAGAAUUGAAGCAACAAGCACCAAGCACAGAGCUGAGUACAGCAUGGAGAGAAAUAAAACCAAAGCCUGACGAUGACUAUGAUAUUGAUGUACGAUGAUGUACGAACCCCUCCAGGCAAAGCAUUUCUCUGGACCCAGCAACAACACUAUACCUGUGCUUGUCAAAGAUCAGUCAUAAGGAUUAGCCUUGCUGUCAGCUAAUGUAGCUUAGAUGCAUCUCUAACUCAGAGUGCAUGCUUAUAUGAAAUAAUGUGUGUCUGUAAUGAAGGAGUGUUUUUGAGAGAGUGUGUACUGCCUACAAGUGUGUGGUGGUGUGUCAUAUUUGUUUUAUUUGUCAAAGUCCCACUUAUCUUGAGAAUCAUUUCUGGUUAUAUCAGUGCCUUAAAACCCAAACAUAGGCCUGCAGACAUACACUGUAGAGGUCUCAUGUCCUGCAACCUUUAGGCCACAAUUGGAAUGGGCAAGACUAUUCAUGGAAGAAUUUUGGUAAAAAUUUUAGAGCUAUGUGGUUUAGUCCUUGUUAAUUGUUUGUGUAAAAGUUGAAUAGCUAGGUUAAAACUAGGUUUAUAUUCUUAAAGGAAUGCAGAGUCUAUAAUGAAUAUGUAUGUCAAUAAAAUAAAACCCAUACAGUACUACAAA